CCUCUUCUCCCUGGCACCAGGGAGCGCGAAGGGGUGCCCAGCAGUGGGGUGCGGCCAGAGCUGCGUCCUCAGGGUCUGCAGUCUGUGCUGAGUCAGCAGAAUUCACAGUGAAAGUGAUGCCUUUUCUCCACUGGCACAACAUGAGUAUGAGGUGGUUAGCCAGACCAGGAGCUCAGCCUCACCUCGAGUCCAGCCUACUGCUCUGAUGCAGAAGAGGAGGCAGAAAGUGCCACGUUUGGAUGCCCCCCUGGGCCUGCCCACCUGCCUCUGGCUGGAAUUAGCUGGGCUCUUCCUACUGGCUCCCUGGGCCAUGGGCCUGGCAGGGACAGGCGGGCCCGAGGCCCAGAGCCCUGAGGGGCUAAGCUGGGCCGUGCAUCUGGACAGCCUGGAAUGCAAGGGAGAGGAAGAGACUCUGGAACGAAGGGCAGAUGCCUUGGCCCAGGCAGCAGGACUGGUGAAUGCUGGACGCAUCGGGGAGCUCCAGGGACACUACCUCUUUGUCCCGCCAGCUGGGCACCGGCUGGACCAGCAGGUAGAAGCCAUCCGGCAGCUGGCAGAGGCUGUGUUAGCGAGGCAUGACGCUGUGCGCUGGCACUCGGAACAGAAGCUGCUGAAGCGAGCCAAGCGCAGCGUCCACUUCAAUGACCCCAAGUACCCACAGCAGUGGCACCUGAACAACCGGCGGAGCCCCGGCAGGGACAUCAACGUGACAGGUGUGUGGGAGCGCAACGUGACGGGGCGAGGGGUGACCGUGGUGGUGGUGGAUGAUGGAGUGGAGCACACCAUCCAGGACAUUGCGCCCAACUAUAGCCCUGAGGGCAGCUACGACCUCAACUCCAAUGAUGCUGACCCCAUGCCCCACCCGGAUGAGGAGAACGGCAACCACCACGGCACCCGGUGCGCCGGCGAGAUCGCGGCCGUGCCCAACAACAGCUUCUGCGCGGUGGGUGUGGCCUAUGGGAGCCGCAUAGCAGGCAUCCGGUUGCUAGAUGGACCCCUCACGGACAGCAUGGAGGCCGUGGCGUUCAACAAGCACUAUCAGGUCAACGACAUCUACAGCUGCAGCAGCUGGGGCCCGGACGACGAUGGCAAGACCGUGGAUGGCCCUCACCAGCUGGGAAAGGCCGCCUUGCAACACGGGGUGAUCGCCGGCCGCCAGGGCUUCGGGAGCAUCUUUGUGGUGGCCAGUGGCAACGGGGGCCAGCACGGCGACAACUGCAACUACGACGGCUACGCCAACUCCAUCUACACCGUCACCAUCGGUGCCGUGGAUGAGGAGGGACGGAUGCCUUUCUACGCAGAGGAGUGUGCCUCCAUGCUGGCGGUCACCUUCAGUGGGGGGGACAAGAUGCUCCGGAGCAUUGUGACCACUGACUGGGACCUGCAGAAGGGCACAGGCUGCACUGAGGGCCACACAGGGACCUCGGCCGCAGCCCCCCUGGCCGCCGGCAUGAUCGCCCUGAUGCUGCAGGCGCGGCCCUGCCUCACGUGGCGCGACGUCCAGCAUCUCAUCGUCUUCACGGCCACCCAGUACGAGGAUCGCCGUGCAGACUGGGCCACCAACGAGGCAGGCUUCAGCCACAGCCACCAGCACGGAUUCGGCCUGCUCAACGCCUGGAGGCUCGUGAACGCGGCCAAGGUCUGGACUUCUGUCCCUUACUUAGCCUCCUACGUCAGCCCCAUGUUAAAAGAGAACAGGGCGAUCCCACUGUCCCCCCGCUCCCUGGAGGUGCUGUGGAAUGUCAGCAGGAUGGACCUGGAGAUGUCGGGGCUGAAGACCCUGGAGCACGUGGCGGUGACUGUCUCCAUCACCCACCCGCGACGCGGCAGCUUGGAACUGAAGCUCUUCUGCCCCAGCGGCAUGAUGUCCCUCAUCGGCGCCCCCCGCAGCAUGGACUCGGACCCCAGCGGCUUCGAUGGCUGGACCUUCUCCACCGUGCGAUGCUGGGGGGAAAGGGCCAGGGGCUCUUACCGGCUUGUCAUCAGGGACGUAGGUGACGAGGCGGCCCCGGCCGGCGUCCUCCGGCAGUGGCAGCUGACCCUCUAUGGCUCCGUGUGGACUCCAGUGGACAUCAGAGACAGGCAGAGACUGUUAGAAGAUGCCAUGAGCGGAAAGUACCUACACGACGGCUUCACUCUGCCCUGCCCUCCGGGGCUGAAGGUCCCCGAGGAGGACGGCUACGCCAUCUCCCCGAACACCCUCAAGACCCUGGUGCUGGCCGGCUGCUUUGCCACCUUCUGCACUAUGUACUACAUGCUGGAGGUGUACCUGAGCCAGAGGGGUGUGGCCUCUCGCCCAGCUGGUAGGAGCAGACCUUGCCACUGGCCCCAAAGAAGCCGAAAAGCCAGAGAAGAGGGGACAGAACUGGAAUCAAUGCCGCUCUGCAGCAGCAAGCCUCCCGGGGGCGUGGAGACGGAGGACACAGGCCCUCCCAGCACCGCCGGCCUCCUGGCCCCGGACCUGCCCCCGGGGGAGGAGGAGCAGGUGUGCUGACCAGUGUGUGAUGGACAGUGUGGGACAGGCGCUUCCUCCCGUGUGGGGGCCCCCGGAGCCCUGGGGGAACGCUCAGAUGCUCACGUCUGAAAUCAGAGGCCAAAGCGCACCUCUGACUAUGCUCAGGGGGGCAGGACUUUCCCAGGGUGAGCAGAGCAGAGGACAGGGCGGCAGCAGCCACAGGGUCUUCUCGAACCCAACAGCCUUGUGCGGGAAGGCCCUGGACAGGAGAUCGGCCCCUGCCCUGGGUUGGCAGGCCUCCUCCUUUCUCCGUCGAGCCCGUGGUGUGGGUCGUGGGGACCCCCCUGCGCGGGCCAGAAGGCGCCGUGGCCAGCAGAGCCUCUCAGCAUCGCUGGGAAGAGGGCUCAGCGGUGGAGGCUGGGAAGGGCCCCAGGCCCCGGCACAGCAGGCCCUCCUGCCCCUCACCCUCCUGCGGAAGCCUUGGCCCCUGGCCGGGCUGGUGAGGCGGUCGGCCCUCCGCACAGCACCGCCCUGACAGCCAUGGCCUCCAUCUCCCGAAGCAGAAGCCGACCACGGACACACCCCAGACCCCCGCACCCUCAGCCCCACCCUUCACCCUGAAGGGUCUGGAUGACGCUCCUGGCAAAGCUGGGGAUGGGCAGGGCCCCGCUGUGCUGCUUCGCCAGGGGCGGCUGCAGGACUGACAGGUGCCGGCCACGCCUCCCAGCCCCGGGAACACGCCCCUCCAAGUGCUCAGGGAAAGGCCCCCGGAGGCCAGCUGUCUGCAGGGCCAGCUGCGGUCCUUCCAUCUUCGGCCUCCCCUCUUCUGCGCUGGUUGAUUGAUUUGUUUUUUUUAACACUUAAGACUUGGUUUUCUCUUUUCACCGCAACUUAUGUUGAAUUUUUCCUGCACAGCUUUUCCAGAAUAAAACCCU